AUGAUGAUUCUUGUAUUACUGACGAUACAACAGGCAAUUCAAGCUCUCCACAAGUAUGAAGAUCUUCUGGAGCUGCUUGUUGGCCGAGUAAAUGCAGAAAACCAGUUUCGCAUUUGUGUUUCACGGGACAAUCUCCUAGAGAGGGGGCUCAAGUAGUGGCAAAGACAGAAAGGAAAUCCAGUCAACCAGCUAAAGGUAACCUUCAUUGGUGAAGCUGGAGUCGACUCUACUGCUUUACGAAAGGAGUUUCUUACAGAAAUGAUCAGUGGCAUUGAAAUACGCCUCUUCUUGGGUCAGAGAGCAAAGAGUCCACAGUACUCCAACAGUGACCUUGACAAUGGUCUCUUCAGGACUGCUGGAGAGAUCUUUGCAGUCAGCUUAGCUCAAGGUGGCCCAGCCCCAUGUUUCAUGCGAGAGUGGUGCUACUUUUACCUCACCACUGAGGAAGUUGAUGUCCUCAGAAUUUGCAAGGACGAUGUAGAUAAUAUUGAAUACUCCCUGUUGAUCUCAAAGGCUGAAGAGGCAACUGAUCUGACUGAAUUCACAGAUGAAAUGAUCAGCUGUGAAUACACAGGAGCACUCAACAUAGAACAAAAAGAUCCCAUAAUUCGCAAUUGUCUCCAUGCAACAUUUCGAGUUACACCAAUGCUUGGAGACUUGCACAAAGGCCUCCAGCUCUAUGGAUUGCUGGACAUACUUAAGGAGCAUCCAAAUAUUU